GGGCUCCAAGCCCAGGGCGCAGGCCAUGUAGCAUGCAAGCUCUAACGUGGCACUCAGCUGCCCAUGGGGCUGCCAGCCCUGAGCCCGGCCCUGAGUGUGUCUAAGGGAACCAAGUGGCUGUGCUGGGGUCGUAGGAGGCGCCCCUGUCCUUGAAGCCUGGGGUCAGGAAGCCGCCACUAAGACUGUGAGCCUGAGCAGGAGCCCUCGAGAGCAGACCGGCAGCCCCCGGCGGGAUGAAGGCGCUCUCGGCUCUCCUGCUGGCCCUCCUGCUGUGCGGGCAGCCAGGCACGGGGCGGGCGCAGGACGAGGAGGAGGAGGACGACGAGGACAUCGGGCAGGACGGCUACGACGAUGAGGAGGAGGAGGAGGAGGAGGCCAGUGUGGCUGCAGGCGGCGGGGACAGAGCGCUGCUGCAGUGCUACUCCUGCCAGUCCCUGCGCAGAGGGCAAGGCUGCGAGCAAGUUCAGAUCUGUGCCCACAGCCACAGCUUCUGCAAAACCCUCAUCUCCCACGGAAACACGGAGUCAGGGCCUCUGACCACCUACUCCGUAUGGUGUACAGACACGUGUCACCCCUUCACCAAGACACUGGAGGGGACCCUGAUGACUGUGACCUGCUGCCGGUCCUCCCUCUGCAACCUCCUGCCCUGGCAGGACCCCCCGGGCAGCGGGGCCAGCAGCGCCCGGGGCCGCCGCACGGUGGUGGCCAUCGCCCUGCUGCUCGGCCUCCUCUCCGGCCUCCAGGCCAUGGGGUCCUGAACAGGUCGUCCCACCCGCACCCCAGCUCCCACUCUGGAUGGCCAGCACUUUGUCCAGUGCCCGACCCACCUGCCCCUCCUCCCAGCCCCGGUUUGGCGAAUAAACUCGGAGCAUCGUACUGGUCCAGCCAGCACUGGCGCUCCCCAGCCCCGUCUGCAUUUCCUCUUUC